AUGGCAGGAUUAUUGGUUUUAAUUGAAUUAUCGCAAGAAAUUCGGGAUGAGCAAAGGAAUACAUUGAGAGUUUUGAGGCGCACAUUACGCGAUGGCCAAAAUCCAUUCGAGGUGACGACUGAGGAGCACUUUGUGGAUUUAUAUCGGAUUCCAAAAGUAUUGUGCUUGGAAUUAAUCAACGAAUUAAUUCCAUUUUUGCCAAAUUCGAGCCGCAAACAUUCUAUUUCAAGUCAGAUAAUGGUAUUAAGUGCUCUACGUUUUUUUGCAAGUGGUAGCUUCCAAAGAAGUGUGGGGCAAGAUAGUUUAUCUGCGUUGUCUCAAACGUCGGUAAGCAGAUGUGUGUGUGCGGUUGCUACAGCAGUAAAUAAAAUAGCACAUAAGUACAUCAAAUUUCCAAAGCGUGAUGAGUUCCCGUCGAUUAAAUUGAAAUUUAUGGAGAAGUUUCAAUUCCCUGGAGUAAUUGGACUAAUAGACGGCACGCACAUUAAAAUUUCUGCUCCAAAAAAUGAAAUAGAACACUGCGACGUGUACUAUUGCCGAAAGGGUGGACAUUCAAAAAAUGUAAUGAUUAUUUGCGAUGCCGAUUAUCGCAUUCUUGCCGCAAAUGCUCAAUUUGGUGGAACUGCACAUGACGCGUUUGUAUGGCGUCGGUCUCGUGCUAGCAACUUCCUAGAAGAACUUUACGAAACAGGUGAACGUAACUUUUGGCUUCUAGGAGAUAGCGGAUAUCCAUUGCAGCCUUGGUUGAUGACACCAAUAAGUGCAACAUCAAGUGUCCCUGAAGAGCGCUAUAAUGUAGCACAUAAGACCACUAGAGCUCUCGUGGAAAGAUGCAUAGGUAUAAUAAAAAGUCGAUUUCGAUGCCUGUCCAAGGAACGAGCUCUUUUUUAUAGCCCCCAAAAAGCAGGACUAAUAAUCAACGCUUGUUUGGUAUUACAUAACUUUUUAAUUCGUAAAAGAGUACCAUUACCAGAAAUAUACGAAGACUACUUUGAGCAAACUGAAGAAAACGUUAGCUCCACUGGUGAUUUUUUAUCGUCUACUAUAUUAAAUGUUGCAAGAAGACAACGUUUGCAAAUUGUGCAAAAUGUAUUUUCUACUACUACUACUACUAGCAUCGAAAACUAA